CACUUUCUCUAUAUACCUCGUGCACGCGCGUCCUCUUACACGUGCGCUUGCACAUACACGCGCACCACCACGGAGCUGGCGCGCUGAGCAGUGGCGCCCAUCCUCUCCCUCAGUGCGACUCCUCCGAGGGAUCAGGAGUAGACUAAGUCAAACUUCCAGAGGCUUAAGAUUUGUGCGCAACCCUCGAAAAGGAUUGAAGUCCUCAAGAUGAAAACAUGGGAUCACACACCAGCUUAGUCAAAAGGACUCAAACACACUAAGAAUACAGAUCUGUUGCUAACCCACCAUGUGUGUCCUACACAUCUCUUUAAGGGGUCUGAGGUGAUGCCAUGUGCCAGCUGCAAUCUUCUUCUAAUCUUCUCAAAUCUGGAGACUUGAUGCCCAGAUGGUUUGCCCCUUCAUGUGUGGUCCAGUUCAACACUUCCUGACCAUUCCAUGGGCCACAAGAUGACGCCAACAUCCACGGCCGCAGCUUGACUCAAACCCUCUGCGUUUUCUGCUCCUCCUUUAUUGCCCUUCACCCCUAACAUCAAUCUCUGCCCUCUUGCUCUCCUCCGCUUCAACCUCUGCUUCUGCUCUCACCUCACAUUUUGACAAUCCAAGUCCUCCCUGAACCCAACAUGGUGUCCCACCUUCCCUCCUUAGUUUUUGUCAUGAUGUGUCAAGGCGCCCUGCUGGCAGACCCACCUCUGUCCCGCCGUGAGAUCCGCAUUGAGGGCGACCUGGUGCUUGGCGGCCUGUUUCCAGUGCAUGAGAAAGGGGCUGGGAUGGAAGAGUGUGGGCGUGUGAAUGAAGACAGAGGGAUCCAGAGGCUGGAAGCCAUGCUGUUCGCCAUAGACAGAAUCAACAUGGACAGCACUGUGCUGCCGGGUGUCUCCCUUGGGGUGCACAUUCUUGACACCUGCUCAAGAGAUACGUAUGCGCUAGAGCAGGCUCUGGAGUUUGUGAGAGCCUCCCUCACCAAGGUGGAUGACACAGAGUUCAUCUGUCCUGAUGGGUCUUACGCUCUGCAGGACGACAGCCCUCUUGCCAUCGCAGGGGUCAUCGGAGGAUCCUAUAGCAGUGUUUCCAUACAGGUUGCCAAUCUUCUCAGGCUCUUUCAGAUCCCUCAGAUAAGCUAUGCUUCAACGAGUGCCAAGCUCAGCGAUAAGACCCGCUAUGAUUACUUUGCCCGCACUGUACCGCCUGACUUCUACCAGGCCAAAGCCAUGGCAGAGAUCCUCCGGUUCUUUAACUGGACAUACGUGUCCACUGUGGCAUCAGAGGGAGAUUACGGUGAAACUGGUAUAGAGGCCUUCGAACAGGAAGCGCGAAUGAGGAACAUCUGCAUUGCCACUUCAGAGAAGGUGGGACGUUCGAAUGCUAAGAAGUCUUACGAGGUUGUAAUCCGUCAACUCCUUCAGAAGCCAAAUGCCCAUGUGACCGUCCUUUUCCUACGCAGUGAUGAUGCCAGAGAGCUGAUUGCAGCUGCCGCCAGGCUUAACACCUCUUUCAUUUGGGUGGCUAGUGAUGGCUGGGGCGCACAAGAGAGCAUUGUCAAGGGAAAUGAAAUAACUGCUGAAGGAGCUAUCACACUUGAACUGGCGGCAAACCCUAUACCAGAUUUCAACCGCUACUUCCUGAGUCUGGACCCUGUCAAAAACCACCGGAAUCCCUGGUUCAGGGACUUCUGGGAGCAGCGUUUCCAGUGCUCUUUGGGAGCUGGAGGCAUAGGCUUUGGGGGAACACCUCUUCCACCGUGUGACAAAAACUUGUCAAUGGACCAGAGGUAUUUCGAGCCAGAGUCCAAGAUUAUGUUCGUGGUGAAUGCAGUGUAUGCCAUGGCCCGUGCCCUCCACAACAUGCAGCGGAGCCUGUGCUUGAACACCACCAAGCUGUGUGACAGCAUGAAGGCCCUGGAUGGGCGCAGACUCUACAGGGAUUACAUUCUUAAUGUCAGCUUCACAGCCCCUUUCUCCCCUCCGGGCAGUGAGACGGCAGUGAAGUUUGAUUCCCAGGGGGACGGCAUGGGCAGAUACAACAUCUUCAGCUACCAGCGUUCUGGCGAACGUUACGGUUACGUGCCAGUAGGUGAGUGGGCAGAGAGUCUGAGUCUGAACAACGAUCUGAUUCGUUGGCCCAAAGAGGCGCUCCCAACCUCACAGUGCAGCGACCCCUGUGAGCGAAACGAAAUGAAGAAAAUGCAGGCAGGUGAGUACUGCUGCUGGAUCUGUACGGCGUGUGAGCCUCAUGAAUACCUGGCUGAUGAGUUCACCUGCUCGCCUUGCGCUCCUGGCCAAUGGCCAACUGAUGACCUCACAUCCUGUUACGAUCUUCCUGAGGAUUACAUUAUGUGGGAAGAUGCUUGGGCCAUUGGUCCUAUUACCAUUGCAUGUGUUGGCUUUGUGUGCACUGGCUUGGUGUUUUGGGUGUUCGUCAGACAUAACAACACACCAUUGGUGAAAGCAUCAGGAAGAGAGCUCUGCUACAUUCUCCUCUCUGGAGUCUUUAUGUCCUAUGCCAUGACUUUCCUCUUUUUGGCCAAACCCUCUCCGGCCAUAUGUGCCCUGCGGCGCCUCGGCCUGGGCACGUCGUUUGCUGUGUGCUAUUCUGCACUGCUGACCAAAACCAACAGAAUCGCCAGAAUUUUCAAUGGCGUGAAAGACGGAGCGGGCGCAGUGAGGCCGCGCUUCAUUAGCCCAUCUUCUCAAGUAUUUAUCUGCCUGAGUCUGAUCUCUGUCCAGCUAGUCAUGGUCUCAGUGUGGCUGCUGCUGGAGGUUCCUGGGACUCGGCGCUUUACGUUACCAGAACGACGGCAGACUGUCAUUCUCAAGUGUAAUGUGCGAGACUCCAGCAUGCUGCUGUCGCUGGGAUACGAUGUGCUCCUGGUCAUCUUGUGUACUGUGUAUGCCUUCAAGACCAGGAAGUGCCCUGAGAACUUCAAUGAGGCGAAGUUUAUUGGAUUCACCAUGUAUACGACUUGUAUAAUUUGGCUGGCCUUUCUUCCUAUCUUCUAUGUCACAUCCAGUGACUACAGGGUUCAAACCACUACCAUGUGUAUCUCUGUCAGUCUAAGUGGCUUUGUAGUCCUGGGUUGUAUGUUUGCACCCAAGGUCCACAUCAUCAUGUUUCAGCCCCAGAAGAAUGUGACCAGCCACCGUCUUAACCUCAACCGCUUCAGUGUCAGCGGGGCUGCCACUACAUGCGCAUCUCAUGCUUCUGUCAGCGCCCACUUCGUCCCAACAGUGUGCAAUGGGAGAGAAAUAGUUGACUCGACCACUUCCUCUCUGUGACAGCAUCCAGUCCGCUCUCUAAACCCGCCCCUGCGACUGUUAGCCAAAUAACAAACAUUUUUCACCCCGGCUUUGUUUUACCCCCCUUUUACACACAACAACACUCUUUUACACACACGCAAACAUGCCAACACACAUACUGAAUACAAGCAAACGCCUUCCUUGUGGACUAGAACUGUAUUGUUUCACAAAUGUAGAAAGUGUGUAACUAUAAUUAAAUUAUUUUCUAGGGAUGUAUAUACAUGGAAUCAACAUUGUUGUAUGUAGAGAAACAAAAGAACAAAAAAAAUGUUUUUAGGAGGAAUUUUUUGGAACCUUUGUUUUUGAUAGCUUUGUUUCAAUGUAAAUGGACAUGAGCUUAAACAUGGUAGGGGGACUGAGUCCUUCCAUCUGGAUGCACAUUUGUGGCUCUGCUUGCCUCACUGCAAUACCCACAGACUUUUGAUUCUCAUGCUUUUUUUGUAGUACAUCAUUGUAAUAACUAACUGUGUAUGCAUUUCUAAUGUGGAUCUGUACAUUUGUAUAUUGUACUACUGACGGUUCAAACAGCACAAUGUUAAAGGUCUUGUGACACUAGAAUGAAUGUGGAAAAAAAAGCUAAAACUGGACAAAUUAGAACAGCCAGAAAAGAAAUUGAAAGGGAAAGGAAGGGAAAAACAGAGACAUUCAUUAAAUUUAGUGAUAUAUUUCUGUUUGAGAAUAUAUCAUUUUGCAUCUUGAUAGAUGUUUGUUGUAUUCUGGAUCUUUGUAAAAUCCUUCUGUGGCUGUUUUGGCAGAAAAACAUGCUUUGCUUUUGAUACAAAUGUUCCUAUUUUCUAAUUAUGGGAUCCCUUUAUCUAAAUGGCCAUAAUUCCAAACGUGUGUUCAGCAAAGCAUCACUUUUUCACUCCCACUCCUAAAAUGCUGUGUCUUUUAAAGAUUGCUGUGAUGUAUUACUAAUAAUAAUGAAUAGCUGCACGGAAAAGGCAGUACUGCUAAUGCUCUAUGUAAGCCCCAAAGAACAAAAAUAAAUCAGUUUUUCACCCAGUAAUUGAAGUGCCUUGCAAAAGAAUUCAGAUCCCAUGAACCAUUUCACAUUUUGUCCUGUUACAACCACAGACUUCAGUGUAUUUUAGUGGGACUUUAUGGGAUAGAGCAACAGAAAGUUGUGAAGUAAAAGGAAAUUAUGCUAGGUUUUAGCGUUUUUACAAGUAAAAAUCCUUUAAGAAGUGUUGCAUGCAUUUUCUGCUGAGUACUUGUAAAUCUACGUUGAAGUUAUGGCUGCAUCAAUCAAAUUCUUUGGGGUAUAUCUUUACCAGUUUUGCUCAUUUGGAAACUAAAAUUGUUGCUCUUUACUCUUUGCAUUGCAGCUCAAACUGAGUCAGACUGAAUGGGUAUCAUCAGUAAACUGCAAUUGUCAAGUCUUCAUUGAAGCUCUAGCUAUACGUUUAGUGUUGCUGUCUGCUUGAGAAUGAAGCUCAAACUAAGUCUGAAGUGUUUUGAAGUCUCUAACAAGUUUUUAUUCAAGAUCCCCCUGAAAUCACUUGUAUUCAUCUUCCCAUUAAAUUGGCUAGCUUUCCCCAACAGGGCUUACUUCUUGCUUAUAUUCCAUAAGAGCUGGAUUUGAGCUGGAUAAGUAACAGUUAUUUGCUCAAAAGAUUCUUGCACCUGAGCAACAGAUAUCUGGAGCUCUUCCACUGUUACUAAUAGCUUCUUUAAAAAGGGCUAAAGUUACUAAUUACAGCACUGAAUUUUCACUGGCAUCAUUCUAAAAUGACUGGGUGUAUGUAUAUGCCACACUUUUUAGAUUUUUUUUGUAUUUUCAAAGUGGACCUAUAAUGCAAAAUUCACAUGUUUUGGUGCUUAUAUUUGAGUCCAAAAUGCUUUAAAAAAAAACACCCAGCUGUUUUCUGGGGCAAUAAUUGAAUGUUUUUUGGUGUCUGGAAAAUUAGCUGUUUCAAAAACCUCCUGAUUAUUAAGUAACAAUAAGGGAGCACUGCCCCGUUACAAAGCAAACCAAAUGGAGCUUUAGCAUGUUUGGUCAGCUGCUUUUACUGCUGUGUUGCACAAUGGCUGCUGGACAAGACAGGUGUUUUGUUGUUGACAUAUCCCCAGAAAUCGUUCAUCCUUGAUGGUUGCGCUGGAGGCUCCACUUCUUAUGCUUCGGAGUCUGAUUGGGGGUCAAAGAUGUACGACUGCGCAUCUGCUUUCAGCCAUUUUCGUGUGUAUAAAGUGUGAGUGUAAACAUUGUACUGAGGAGUGCAGCCAGCAGCACCUUAUUUGUAUUUAAAGUGAGAGGAAGCCCUAAAACAGCUGUGAAAGGAGUUCAAAACAGACUAAGAAACUCUCAUUAACUGAGAAUGAUUUUAUGUAAUGAACAUGUUUUGUAAAGCCCAUUGGUCUAUCUAUCUUAAAUUGUACAAUAAAGCAAAGCAUGUCCACUUUAAAACCUUUUGAAAACCUCAUAUCUUUAUUCUUCCAUUUCAUAAUAAAAAAUAUUUUAAUGUUGCUCUAUUACGUAAAAUCCCAAUAAGAUAUAUUAUGUUUGUAAAGUCACAAGAAUACUUUUGCAAACCACUGUAUGAACAUUGCGUUCUUAAUUUGCAAAAAAUAUCAAUAAAAGAAAAGGGUGCAUUUUGCUGAACACACAUUGAAUUUUUCCACCUAUAGGGGAAGAGUAGCUUAAGAUUCAUACCCCAUAGAUACCGUCUGUGGUGAUAUUUUUAAUAUGGCUAUGUGCCUUAAUAUGUGUUUGAUAGAUUGAUGUUGUUAGAGAUCAGUUUUACACUACCAGCUCCAAGUCUUUGUUUGGUAAAUGUAAAAAAAAAAAAAAAAAAAAAAAAAAGUGGCCUCAGUAUGAAGACCAUGCCACUCAGGCAACAACUUUGUUUAUGUGAAGCCCAGUGCCAUUGAUUGUUCACCUAAUGUAAUGGACCAGUAACUCCGACAAAUCACAAACUUAAACCGGCUUUCUCCAGUCUGACAUAAAGAAAAACAGGAAUAUUCUAAAAAUUUAUAUUCACUUCCAUUUCCCCCUGCUUUUAACACAGUAGUUUCAGGUAAGGAAAGCGAGGUGAGGGGUAGACAGAUAGGCUACGUUGUUAGGAGGAAUUCAGUAAGUAUUUGACUUGUUGAAGUGUGCAGUUUACAAGCUUGUGUUAAAAUGUGUUUACGAUGGGAAGCACAGUGGAGCAGCUGGCUUUGGCAGUCCCAUGGAGGCUCAGGAGAGGAAACAGAGCACAUUCUGUCAGCUGCUGGCUGAUUGCUGCUAACAAAAGAUGUUAAGAGUAGAACAGAUAUCCAUAACGUAAAAAAGAUGAGAUCAUUCAUGCAGAUGCAAAUGUGGCAAGAAAGACUGCAGCCUUUCUGUUGGCUAUUAAUAAGAUUGUUGAAUAAAUUCAAUCAAAAAUAUGUGUUAGGUUCUUAGGAGGAAACUUAAAUAGCUGAAGAUAGUGGAGUAAUUUAUAAAAAUUUUAUUUCAGUUGUUUGACUUUCCUGAAAAUAUUUGUUGAAUUUAGAGAUAGUAGUAAUUUAUUAACUGACCUUAAAUGUUUACAUAUAAUAUGCUGUCUAAAAUAAAGUGUGACUGUUACAUUUGAUGUUUUAAACAGAAUGUGAUCAGAAUCACUUUUUAAAAGCUGUUUUGUCAACGACAACAAAAAAAAAACAAAAAACAUACAACAUAGAUGUGGGGAGAACUUUUAGAGAUUCCAUCUUUUGACUGGUCAGCAUGUUUGUACUGCCUCCCGUGACUACUACACUGAAUGAUAAAUGGAAAGAAAUUUCAAAGGAUGUGUCAGGAGGAGGCGACCUACAUUGGGGUGUGUUUGUUAGGUGCAGAGUGCAGCGGGAGAGAGCGAUGUGGCAGAGGAGAGGGAUGCUGCUGCUGCCGCUGCUGGAUUAUGUAAAGCACUCCCACAGCCCAGAAGUCAGCAGCGCCUCUAUGGAAGCUCAAAGCAUCUCAGAGAUUCACAGUGUUUGUUAGAAGAAGGUUUAGCCAUUCACUCUGUGGUCCUGCUCUCACAAGAUACACACCACAUGACAGGUUGUUAUGGACAACCACAACCAACACAUUCAAUGCUGGAAUGUCUUAGUUGUCAGCAGGGCUGGGAGAAAGGGUGAUGAGUGGCUGAGUAAAGAGGAACAGAAGGAAGAGAGAUAUCUAAAAAAAAAAAAAAAAAAAUGGGUCGGUGGUUCUGAUCCAAGUUGGCAGAGCCCAAUGAGAUCGGGCUAAGUAAGGCCCUGUACUCACGGCUUUUUAAUGGGCACACAAACAGAGCACUUAACCCUGAUUCUCCACUCAUUUAGUCCAGAGACCAGUCCAAGACAACAGUCUCACACUCUUCUCUGACCCUUUCCCUCACAGUCCAACUCACCCUUCAACCUUUCCCUCACCACCUUUUGUGCAGCCAGGUCGCCGCUCCGUGUGUGAAACUUGUGACUGAUUCGGUCUCAGCCAAGACCACCAGAGCCAGAGCGACAGACUGGUGGCUCACACUUGAACUGGAGCGCUCUCCUGAAGCACAUGUCAUGGAGGCUGCUUCGAGGAGGUUAGAAAAGCGAUACAGGAAUGUCAGACAAAAGGAUCUGAGAAAUGAAUGCUGGGAAGUUAAAUUGAAAACUCAGAUGUAAAGAAAUAGAAUUGCUUCAAUACUCAUUACCUUGCGGAAAUGAUCAUUUCAUCUCCCCAAUAAAUUAAUCUGGAGACUUCUUUAAUUGGUUUUCCUCAUGAAUAUCCUUUUCAAGCAGCCAUCUAUUAAGGACACUGUUCCUCUAUUCAGACCUUGCCAACUGUCAUGUGCUUUUACAAAGGUCUCAAUGCCGUAGCCCCCUUCUAUAUAGCAGAAUGUGUCGCUGGCCUCUGGGCUUUGAAACAAGAAGGGAUCUCAGGAGACAAAAUGAAGCGGAUGCCGAUCUGAACUCUGAAACUGGCUGGUCACAAAGCAAUAGAUCCUGCGUUUAUGAAAUGUGCAAUAAAGAGGCUGUGAUGACAUCAUAAUAAAUACCAUGAAGUAAACAUCUGCUGUUGUCUCUUCAUCCCUCUCUCUGCAGUGUUGUGGUCAGCCACCUUUUAUAAUGCUGAGAAAUGUGUAGGUUGAUUUGUCUCAUCAGCAACACCAUCACCUACACACACAAACACACAUAGGCUCUAUUCACAGAGUUUGCUGGCAAAUGUUUAAAGAUGUCUCUAACAUUCCACUUCAUCUGUUCCCACAAGUAAUGGCACUCCAAUUAAACCAUCUACUGGAGAGAUCCCCAGUUUGGAAAAAUAUAUGCCAGUAUUGAAUACCAGUUUGUUAGAAAGGGUGACAGUAGUGAAAAAAAAAACAAGUGGAAUACAAGAUAAAGCUGAACAUUUUUUUUGUCUAGUUUUUGCAAAAUCUUUGACUUUUUACAUUAAAAAAGUAAUCUUAGGAUAACAGUACAGCAUGUUGAUUUUAUUUGUGUAUCUUUAUAUUGGUUUAAUUAUAGUCAUUUCCUCAAUAAUCGUUUAGGAUUACAUCAUAAUGUUUAAAGUUCACAUAAACAGACCAGGGUGAGGAGUCAGUCCAUUUACCUUUGUAGUGAUCUCCCUCUGCUGGUUAGCUUGGAUCACUGCACCAUUCUUGUGCCUUCACUGGUCCCAGCUGCAUAAUAAAAAAAGAGAGAGACAGUGCAGAACAAAGAUGUUUCUCAAGGCAUCUCUGGACCUUUUCUGCAUUUUAUGUAGUUUUACUGGGAUCUUAUGUGAUAGGACAACAAAAAGUGGUGCAAGAUUAAAAAAAAAAAUUACAAAUUCAGAUUAGUAUGCAGCCAUUCAGAAUCUUUACUUUGUAGAACCACUUUUCACCACAAUUCUAACUGUCCUCUAAUUGUCCUCAAUUGGUUGCGAGCAUCAGAUCCUUUAAUUGUCCAUUGAUUCUGAAGUAGUUGAACCUCUCCCCCACCUCCUAAACUUUUGCAACCUCUAAAAAGGUUUCUUCAGGUUUCUCAUCUGUUCCAACCAGUCCUGUCCAUGCUGAAGAAAGGUACGACCAAAACAUAGUACUUCAACUACCAUGUUUGUUCACGGUGGGAAUGAGGUGUUCAGAAUGUCAGUUAGUUUUUCUUUUUUUAAUCACACAGAAUUUUGUAUACAGGUGAAACUUUUAUUCACCUUUAAAACAUUCACCUGACCAGAGCACCUGCUUCCACGUGUU